CUUUAUGUACGGGGGCCACCUGCCCGUUGCGCCUCAUCCUCCUCAAUCACCGUUCGACUCGCUGCUUCCCCUCUUCUUCUCCCCCAAACCAAAACCCUCUUGACCCUUGUCGUCUCCGCACCGCAGCCGCCGCAGGCGAGGCGAUCCACAUGGCGGCGGCCGACACCGACACGUACGUCACCGAGGUGGCCUUCGGCGACGCCGUGAUCACCACCACCGUGACGUCCUCCGGCGCCGCCGUGGAGGGGUGGCUCCGGGAGGUCCGCGCCGCGUACGGCCCCGGGCUCAUCGUGGGGCUCGACGUCGAGUGGCGCCCCAGCUACGGCCCUGCGCAGAACCCCGUCGCGCUGCUGCAGCUCUGCGUCGACCGCAGGUGCCUCAUCUUCCAGCUCCUCUACGCCGACUACGUCCCAGGCUCCCUCCGCCGCUUCCUCGCCGGCGCCGCGGACUGCUUCGUCGGUGUCGGCGUGGACAAGGACGCCGAGCGGCUGAGCGACGACCACGGCCUCACCGUGGCGAACACCGCCGACCUUCGCCCCCUCGCGGCGCAGAGGCUGGGCCGCCCGGAGCUCAGCCAGGCCGGCCUGCAGGCCGUGGUGCGCGCCGUCAUGGGCGCCGACCUCGUCAAGCCGCAGAGGGUGACCAUGAGCCGCUGGGACGCCUCCUGCCUCUCCAACGAGCAAAUCCGGUACGCCUGCAUCGACGCCUACGUCUCCUUCGAGGUCGGCAGGAGGCUGCUCCGCGCCUGAUACUGAUAGAUCGUCGAUCGAGGCGGUCGCCGUGGCACGUACCGCAAUCGCUCGCAUCCUCUCUGCCUAAUUCUACCUAGAUUAGAUUCCAGUUGCUGCUGCAUUUCGCUCCUGCUCUCUCGUAAUGUGUUAGGCUACCUAGAUUCAGUUGUUGCUGCAUUUUUCUCUUGCUCUCUCGUGAUGUUAGGCAAGGGUUUAUCAGAUUUGAGGUGUUAUGGGUUUUAUGUUUAGUACUGAAGGAAUUGAAGAAUCGGAUGAAAAAACGUUGUGCCGAUCUUCUGAUCUAGACUAUGGUUAAUGAAAAUUUCCAGUGCCGAUCCUUUAUGCGUUUUUA